GGAGGAGACAGAGAGAGGAAGAGAGAGGGGGAUGGACUGUGGCCAAUGAUCUGCAGGCAGAAAGUGGAGACAAGAGGAGAUUUCAUAAAUCCAGAUACUCUCCACGGGCCUUAAAUGCAGCAUAUGUGACAGAGGAUGGGAGGGAAGAGGUGAUGAAGAGCAGCCAGGUGGUUUAGUCCAUUUAUUCAUUUGAUUCAUCCGUGUAGCGGUGGUACAGGCCAUCAGGAAGGCUUAGAUUAGAUCCCGAGACACCUUUUGUCCGGAUAUGAUCUGGAAAUCAAAGAUCAGGAGCUGAAGAGGACGUGUGAAUUAAAGAGGAGAGAGAGAGCAGCCGAUGCCCGGAGAAAACAUCCGCCUGAGUGGACCGCAGGAAGGUGGUACCCGACGCGUUUCCUCUCCGGGAUCCGGUGAUGGGCUGCGCUCCCAGCAUCCACGUCUCUCAGAGCGGGGUGAUCUACUGCCGAGACUCGGACGAAUCCAACUCCCCGCAUCAGACCACCACCAUCUCUCAGGGCACGGCGGCCACGCUGCACGGCCUCUUCAUCAAGAGCGAUGCUGCAGAGACCAUCCCCUCCGUCAUCUCCUACCAGAGCAGGCACUCACGGAACAACUCUCACCGGGAUCGGAAGGACAAGAGCGGAGGACACGUCCGCAUCGAGGCCGAGACGCAGACCAGCCACACCAGCGUCAAGGUUUCCUCUACAGAAGAAUGUGUCGGACCAAUGAGACUGACUCAGGAGCCAAUUCAGGUCCUGCUGGUUUUUGCCAAAGAGGACAGUCAGAGCGACGCCUUCUGGUGGGCUUGCGACCGCGCUGGAUUCAGGUGUAACAUCGCGCGGACACCUGAGUCUGCCGUCGAGUGUUUCCUUGACAAACACCAUGAGAUAAUCGUCAUCGAUGGCCGCCAUUCACGCUACUUUGAGCCUGAGGCUGUGUGCAGGUUGAUUCGAGCCACGAAGCCCUCUGAAAACACAGUUAUUCUAGCCAUCGUGCCGCAAAAAGCGGCUGACCAGGAAGAGCCAUCUGUUCUUCCUCUCCUGUGCGCUGGAUUCAGCAGAAGGUUUGUGGAGAACAGCAGCGUGUCAGCGUGCUACAACGAGCUCAUUCAGAUAGAGCAUGGAGAGGUGCGCUGCCAGUUCAAACUCAGGGCCUGUAACUCUAUCUUCACUGCUCUGGAACAUUGUCAGGAGGCGGUGGAGAUCACCAGUGAGGAUCACAUAAUACAGUAUGUAAACCCAGCAUUCGAGCGUAUGAUGGGCUACCACAAGGGGGAGCUGAUGGGGAAAGAGCUGACUGAACUCCCCAAGAGCGACAAGAACAGAGCCGACCUGCUGGACACCAUCAACACCUGCAUCAAGAAAGGAAAGGAAUGGCAGGGUAUUUACUACGCCAGGAAGAAGUCAGGGGACAGCAUACAGCAGCAUGUGAAGAUCACACCUGUCGUCGGCCAAGGAGGGAAGAUCAGACACUUUGUAGCCAUAAAGAGACCUCACAUCGACAACAAUAAUCAGGUUCACAAGUUCAACAAGGAGGACAGAUGCAGCGGGGAGCACUCACAGUCAGAGUGCCAUUCUCUACGUCACCGCGACAGGAGGAAAGACUCAAUCGAAUCCCGAUCUCUCAGCUCGCGUGGUAGUGAUGCUCCCAGCCUACAAAACAGAAGAUAUUCCUCUGUCGCCAGGAUUCACUCCAUGACCAUCGAGGCUCCUAUCACUAAGGUCAUUAACAUCAUUAACGCAGCACAGGAGAGCAGUCCUGUGACAGUUGCUGAGGCUCUGGAUCGUGUUCUGGAGAUCCUGAGAACCACCGAGCUCUACUCCCCCCAGCUCGCCUCCAAAGAAGACGACCCCCACACCAACGACCUGGUCGGGGGGCUCAUGAGUGAUGGGCUGAGGAGACUCUCUGGAAAUGAAUAUGUCUUCUGCAAAAAUAUGAGCCAGAGCCAGCUGGCGAUCCCUGUCACUCUGAAUGAUGUCCCUCCGUCCAUCGCUGAGAUGCUGAAUGAUGAGGAGUGCUGGGAUUUCAACAUCCUGGAGCUGGAGGCAGCCACACACAAGAGACCGCUGACGUACCUCGGGCUGAAGAUCUUCACGAGUUUUGGCGUGUGUGAUUUCCUGAACUGCUCAGAGGCCACACUGCGCUCCUGGCUGCAGCUCAUGGAGAGCAGCUACCACUCCUCCAACUCCUACCACAACUCCACUCAUGCUGCAGAUGUCCUGCAUGCUACAGCCUACUUUCUACGCAAGGAGAGGGUCAAGGGUAGUCUGGAUCAGCUAGAUGAGGUGGCGGCUUUGAUAGCAGCCACUGUACACGAUGUGGACCACCCAGGUCGGACCAACUCCUUCCUGUGCAACGCUGGCAGUGAACUGGCGAUCCUCUACAACGACACGGCCGUGCUGGAGAGUCACCACGCCGCCCUCGCCUUCCAGCUCACCAUGCGAGACAGCAAGAGCAACAUCUUCAAGAACACAGACAGGAACCAGUUUCGGACACUUCGACAGGCCAUCAUCGACAUGGUUCUGGCCACAGAGAUGACUCGACACUUCGAGCACGUCAGCAAGUUCGUCAACAGCAUCAACAAACCGAUGGCCGCCAUAGAGGAGACCAGCACAAGUAGCAUAAACAGUGACUGUGAGGGUCAGGCCAACUUCAGGAACUCUCCGGAGAACCGUCUGCUGAUCAAGAGGAUGCUCAUUAAGUGUGCAGACGUGGCAAACCCCUGCAGGCCGCUGGAGCUCUGCAUUGAGUGGGCUGGACGGAUCUCUGAGGAGUACUUUGCUCAGACAGAUGAGGAGAAGAGACAGGGGCUGCCUGUAGUGAUGCCGGUGUUUGACAGAAACACAUGCAGCAUCCCCAAAUCUCAGAUCUCCUUCAUCGACUACUUCAUCACUGAUAUGUUUGAUGCCUGGGAUGCCUUCGCCACCCUGCCCGGUCUGAUGGAGCACCUCUCAGAGAACUACAAAUACUGGAAGAGCUUAGACGAGAUGAAGUGUAAGAGUCUGCGUCCUCCGCCUCCUUCUUGACCAUUUCCUCAUCUCCACCCUCACAUCCGUCGCUCUGAGCGGGGCAGGACAGCGGCACUGGUCUGUGAAGGAACAGUUAAGUCACGGUGCCAGAGCUCUGGGCCCUAUCUCUCUUGGUGUGUUCACUGCCAGACCCUGGGCGCAUCGGGGACUCUGGGAGUGGACUGAUGAACUACAAGACACUGUUUCAGUCUCAAAUCACAGCCUCUCUCUUUUUGUUGAUGGCCCUGAUCCUGAAAAGCACUUCUUCUUCUUCUUCUUCUUCUUCUUCUUGGAAACUGUGUGGACCUCCUGACAAUCUGUAAUAUACAGUGUAACACAACAGAAACCUGCACUUUAACUCAACCUUUUCUUUGCUCACACUUUCUUUUUCUGUCUUUAAACAUGUCUUUUUCUUGUUCUACAUCUGCCUAUCAAUAAGACGACCAAACCAAGAGGCAAUGAUGGAAACUCAGCACUGAGGAUCGGUUUGGGCUGGUCAGUGUGGGAAAUGUGUGUUUACGCUUCAAAUUGCCAACUUUAUAAGGUGCUCAGCUGAAAAUUUUUAUCCUUAUAAGCUGUGUUCAGAAUUUGAGGGACAUGUUGACCAAAAACGAAGCAAUCCUGCUCCUCGUAAAGAUGUCGGAGAGAUUUGGGAAGGAAGAGUCCAAAACUACCAGGGUCCUAUCAGAAGUGGAGAGCCAGCCAGAGGAGAAGAUUUCUGACAUUUUUGCAGGGUUACAGUCUUUCUUAAAGAAAUCUGCAAGCAAAAAUCCAAAACUUUCUGCCCUGUUUUAGUCAUUUGAACCUAAAAUAUUCAUGUAAGGGCAGGUUUUAAAACGUAAGAAUUGUCCUUUAAGUCAGAUUCUUUCAUCAAAUGUUGAAACCAUCAGAUCACACACUCAUAGCUUUGUGACACUAACUGUAGAAAGUUUCAGCCAAAUAGUAAGAGGAGAGCGAGUAUCUGAAUAAAACUUCCCCAACUGCUGAAGGAUCAUUUCAGGACUGCAAGGGUGAAACUGCAUCGCUGUCGGACAGUGAGACAAAUGAAAGAGUGCCAGAACAACACAACCAUCCAGCUGCUACAGAGCCAGCUCUGACUUUAACAACCUUUUUGUUACACUAGUUUUCUUGACGUAAAUCCUGCAGCUGCAACUCAACUUUCCGUCAUUCUGCUCUCUUAAUAGAGGGAGAUCUAGUUUUAUUUAUCUAUUUAUAAAUGCUAUUGAAUCAGAAAAUCAGUCAAGAGAAGCAUUAAAGGGCCACUCAGAUCAGAUACUGUAUAUGUGAUGUGUCUGCUCUCUGGUGGUUAGUAAGAGGUACUACAGCUGAUCGGCACAGAUGUCAAAUCUGUAUACAGGUGCAUCAUUUGCUAGAUCAAACUUAAAUGUAUAAGCUUUAAUAGCCCAGAACUAAACCAGUUUUAUUCUAUUGUUGAUGGGUCUGUGAACUCCCCUAUAGAGCUGAACAUCUGCUUAACAAGUUGGCAACUUUUAAAUCAAUACUAACAAUUAUUUUUAAGUGAUUAAUAACCUUUGGGUAUUAUGAAAGGUCAUAAAUCACACUUUCUUUACUUACGUUGCUUUGAAUUAUGUAGAAAAGACAACAUCAAGGAUUUAGGAAUAAAUCACAGUUUCUCUAAGAUCAAACAACAGAGCUGGGCACACUUCUGUUAAUUAUCUGCUUAAGUUUUUUAAUUCAUUUGUAACAUGGAUGCAACUUUGAAUAUAAAUUAUCACAACCCACAACUAUUGUUAACUUCUGUUUUUAUUCUGUCGUUUUUAAAGCAAAAGCAUUCAGCCUCCUGUACUUUAGAGCAGUGUUUUCCAACCUUUUUCUGGGGACUCUAAGUUUUUUUCUUGAGGGUGUUAGCCAUCACAACAAGUCCAUUUUCUGUACUUUGUUGCGUAUAACGCCUGCAUUCUGCACCAUCCUCAGCUGGUUGGCUGAGCUGAUGGUCAGUGCUAGCUUGGAUAACCCUAUUUUUGGACUAAAUCCACUUUAUGAGCCUGAGCGGGGCCACUUCACCUCCAUCACAUAGGCCGUCUUUGAAUAACCAACCCCUGGAGUCCUCAGUGGCUGUCUAGUCUGGGACAGUGAGUUUAGAAGCCAAGCAUCCAUAAGUGUGACUUCGGCUCUGUUGCAGCCCAGCGGGUUGUAGAGCCUUGCUUUGUGUUUAAUUAUAAUGAAUGGGAGAGUGUCAUAGGGUGGAGCUCCCCCAUGUGGCUAUAAUUUGCACUGCAUACAUAAGUGUCCCAUUAAAGGCUUUAGCAAAGAAAUUCUGAAAACUCAUUUGGUAACCCCCUAAAAUCUCCCAUGACCCAUUUGUCUGCUCUGAGGCUGUUAAAUUAGAUGUUAGUAGUUUAUUCUAAGGCCUUUUGUAAGAAUAACAUGUAGACCUAUUUCCUUAUAGUUUUGUUCAUGAAACAGUUGUUGAUGUUUGACAGCAUGGCAUCUUUUUUGUCUUUCAUGUGGGUUGUAGGGGGUCAGUAUUUAUUAGGUACAGAUAGGGGGGCUCCAAGGAAACAAGGUUGGGAACCACUGCUUUAGAAGGCUUUUUGAAUAUCCAGCCAAAAUGCCCCAGGUGCUUUUAUUGUGAAAUUCUACUUUACCUAGCUGAAGCUGCAUAUUUCUGGAGCUCUGCUAGAAUGAUUCCAGAUAGUUUCUAUUAUUUCAGGAAACCUUGCAGUGCAGAUGGAUGAUCAGAUUCCAAAUCUGUCAUCAGGUAGAUCCAUCUCACAUAGCUUUAAGUUGAAAGUUUGUUCCCAGUCAGAGAUCUUUUUUAAUUUUUGGAGGAAAAAGCAGUAACUAUGGGUUCUGUUUAGAUUAGCAUUGAUUUAGCUUUAGUGGUGGUUUUAUCAGUGCUGGACUACAUUUCUUUAUUAAAGGAAGAGCAAAGAACCACACUGAAAGCUUUUCUUGGUAGAAAAGAUGUUUUUGCUUUUCUUCUGUAGCCAGACACAUCAGAUAGACAGUUUCAUGUAUCCAUCGCAUGAAUACACUUCACAUUUAUCAGGGAAAGCUCCCAUACAAAUAUUUGAGAAAGCCAGGACUUUUCAAAUAAUUCUCAGAAGGUGAUUGGACGAACGUUCUGUACGUCACAUUUAUUACAAGCCAAUCAGAGAAACAAGACAAAAUGAGGUAGAAGACAUGCGCAGCUAAGCUAACAUGCAUGCAGACAUGCUAAGCUAAGCUGUACAGGCUAGCGCUACCAUAGUGUUUGAAUGAUGAAGCUUUUCUUUGGCUAAAAUUUACGCUAUUGGAGACGUGCAGAAACAUCUUCUCCGCUGGUAGAAACUCUCAUUGUGGCUCUUUGCUCUUGUUUCAAUAAAGGAAAGUGUCUGAGGUCUGAUUAAACAUCUACAUCCAGGGUAACUGCCACCAUAAGAUAACUUUUGUGCCCACCUCUGCCAAAAAACAUAUGAAUCUAAGAAGCUAUCGUUUAUAAAUCAGUUUUGUUUGUUAGAACUACUGUUAGAGCUCUUGUUUCUUACGUUAAAUCUAAAGAUUAGUGUGCUUAGAUGCUCUUUGACAACAUUUUAUUAAGUAAAUUAGCUUUAUUAUUUAAAGUAUUGCUUCUUUAUAGAUUUCCACAAACAUCCAGAGCGUUUUUAUUUGUUUUUGCAGCUCCAUGUCUAAGACUUCUUUUAAACUAUGCUCAUGAAUGAACAUGAAGGACAUACAUGUUGCUGUGCGUGUACAGUGAGUGUUUUAAUCCAGAAACACAAAUCACUGUAUGAACCAAAGGCACAGGUGCCUUAGAGUCUGUGGUCGUUUUUACUCAGAUGAAGGUGUUUUCUGGCUCUCCUCUAAAAGCCAUACAUGUAUGAGGUUGUUUUCUAAUAGUUGUGUUGAAUCAUGUUCUGUGGGUAUUGAAUCGGUGUCUACGGAAGCCCUAAGCGGACAAGAAUACAUACAUUUAUUUACUCGACUCCUGUGAUAAAAGGAUUGUUUUCUCAAACUUCCCUUGUCUGUUUAUUUGAAGAUAUAAUACUACCUCUACAGGGUUAACAAGUUAGUUUGGUAGUUUUCUAGUGGAGGCUAUAAAACCACCUUUUAAGUUACUUGUCAUCAAGUUUGAGGGAUGUCAUCCCAUUUGAUUUCAGACGACGUCUUUAGAGGCCAUACAUGUUGGCCGCCAUCUUGAAAAUGCUGUCUCAAAGCAACUUACAGUCCACCUUGAAACAGACAAAGAGGUGCAGCUGUGGUGGGUCUUAAGGCUCAUCUACGCUCCCUACUUAGAUCCCUAAGCUUUCAACAUUACAGCUGUCACUCAUACUCCUGAGCGUCCUGUAUGUUGUCAUCUAACUGAGGGCUCAGUGUCCCAAAAAUUUGUGUAGUUUGAGCCGACCUUUAAAGCCUCCUGACAAACAGCUGCAACAUGCUGGCUUGCAGCCUUAUUAUGCAGAACUUGUAUGGUCACUGCAUCCAUGAAGUUUUUCAUUUUCUGUCCUGUGAAUUUCCAUUUCCCUUGCACUUUUAGUUUAAAUGUGGACAGCUGUUAAUCGCAUAGGUUUUACCUCUGUUUUGAUAAGUUAGAGUAUGACAUUCACAGAUAUAGGUGUUAUUAAAACUUUACUGUCCCCACAACAAGCUAACUAGCUCUGCAGAGUCAGAAAACAGAAAGAAAUUCAAGAAAAUCUUCCUGUAGGACAAUCCUGAUUCCUUGUCAUCUCCCUCUUUCCUUGUUCCCUGUCAGAAAAACCUUUACUUAUAUGUUCUAUCGGCAUCUUUGAAACAUAUUUAUUUAAUCAUUAAUGACCAAAAGACAACUUUUAAUCACCUUACACCAUACUUUUAUCUUUUAAAAGUAUCAGUUUAGCGCUGGUAUUAGAAAAAGCCCAGAAAUUGCCCCAUCGUAGUGAACAGUGGUAUUUUUUUAAUUGACUUAAUAGGAAUGAUUUUUUUCUCCACACUGCUCUAACACCACGCAUCAAGGACAUGUGAUUAACGGUGUAAUAUUGCUUUAUACUGGGGAUGUCAUGUGGCAGGAUAUUUCAGAAAAUAAUUCCAUAAUUCAAGCUGAAAGAGUCGUCUCUUUUUGCUGAGUUGAACUAAAUAACCUGGCUCGCUAAGAAGAGCUGAUACUCCCAUCACUAGGUCAGGAUACUGCUAUAGGAAUCAAUGUAAUCAAGCUGAAUAUACUUACUUGUGUUCAAACCAAAACAUAAUUACAAGAAAAUUUCAGCCCCUGAAAGUUUAGCCCAUAAAAACCUGCACUGUUACAAUCAAAAUCAAUGUUGAACCAGGCAGUAUUAGCAUAUUUAUUACUGCUAUUAAAAUGUGCAUUUUAACAUCAUGUCUAUGUGCAACUUCUGGUACUUCAGCAGCUAGCCUCUAGUGGACCCUUAGGGUAUUGCAUUUUUACUUCACUUACUGUUUUACUGUAGGUUGCCACUUUACAUCACAGGAAAAUUGAGUAAAUAUGUAUGUAUGUCUGCUUACAGCUUCAGGAAGUGUCAACAUUUCACCAUUAGUCGUUUUAUAAUGAUUUUUAGAUAUUUUCAAUCAAAGAUGUCCCUUUCUCCAUGUUCAGUGUUUUCAUAAUGAUGCGUCGUCUUAUUAUUGAUGACCAAGGUCUUAUUAACGCCUUAAAUCCUGUCACGUCUCAGUGUUUUUGUCUGCUAUUGUUGCAGUAAACUGUAUAAGCUACCUGCUGUUCCUGUAAAGAAUCGUGUAUUUUAUUGUUUUUGCUUUUUAAGUAUUGCUGUUUUUAUGUUGCAGAGGUGGCUUUUAAGAGUUUCAUUUUCUCCUCCACCUCUGGAUGUUUCCUGAUCAUGAGAAGAUAUUUUUGCUAGAUUUCUAUCCACAGUGAUGAUUUAAAUAUUUGAGAUUAAACCCAUGCCUUUUGUUUGAGCAGCACUGACUGAAUCAUAGUAGCUAAGUAAGCCUCACUGCUUUAACUCGUGAGGCAAAGCCAGAUUGUAAACCUGCUUUUUAUCUAACAUUAAGCCUUCACUACUCUCUUCUUCCUCCUCCUUGACUGAUGGCCGUGACUGCAGACAACGUGCCAAUCGUUUAUAAACCAACUAGAGUGUUCAAUGUUUUAUGCACAGAUACAGAUUAUUUUUCAAAGACAGGGACGUUCUUGCUGAUGAGAACGGUGGUCAAUGUUUUGGGAGAUUUUACUGCCUCAUGCAUCGUAGUGAACAAAGCUUUCCAUCACUUUCAAUGUUUGUUUGUAUAUUUAGUUUUUGCUCCACAUGUUUUAUUUAAUGUUCUGUCAAACACAAAUAUAUUGUGAGAUA